UUGAUCGAAUAGAAGUGGUGGAAGUUGCGGAGGUUGGAAAGAGUGUUUGUUGUGUAAAUUUCUGUGUUUUUAUUAUUACAUCGGUAAAUUGUUUAUUGUUUGAAGUCAAAAAAGUGUUGCCAAGAUGCCUGUGUUUCAUACGAAAACGAUAGAGAGCAUUUUGGAACCUGUUGCUCAGCAGGUGUCACGUUUGGUGAUCCUUCAUGAAGAAGCAGAAGAUGGCAAUCCUAUGCCUGAUCUUGAACGGCCUGUAAUGGCUGUUAGUCGUGCUGUUGCUAAUUUAGUCAAGGUUGGACGAGAAACAAUCAACAGCAGUGAUGAUCCAAUUCUGAAGCAAGAUAUGCCAGCAGCUUUGAUGAGAGUAGAAGGUGCAUCAAAACUGCUUGAGGAAGCAUCUGCUAUGCUCAAGCAGGACCCAUUGAGUGGAUCAGCAAGAAAGAAAUUGAUUGAAGGUUCUCGUGGCAUUCUGCAAGGUACAUCAGCUCUCUUGCUGUGUUUUGAUGAAUCAGAGGUUCGCAAGAUCAUUAGAGAAUGCAAGAGAGUGCUGGAUUAUCUGGCUGUAGCAGAAGUCAUUGAGACAAUGGAGGAUUUAGUGCAAUUCUUAAAAGAUUUGAGCCCCUGCCUUAGCAAGGUUUCUCGUGAGGUUGGUGGUCGAGAGAAAGAGUUAACUCAUCAGGUGCAUCGUGAAAUCCUCAUAAGAUGCUUAGAUCAAGUUAAGACGCUUGCACCAAUUCUUAUAUGUAGUAUGAAGAUAUUCAUUCAUAUCAUUGCACAGGGUGGCAAAGGUGCUGAAGAAGCUGCUGAGAAUCGUAAUUAUUUGGCACAACGAAUGACAGAUGAAAUAAAUGAGAUUAUUAGGGUACUACAGUUGACAACAUAUGAUGAAGAAGAAUGGGAUGCUGAUAACCUUACUGUAAUGAAGAAAGCUCAGAAUGCUAUUGAAGGAAAAAUACGUGCAGCUCAUGACUGGCUUGAGGAUCCACUUGCCCUCCGAGGAGGAGUAGGAGAGAAAUCUGUCAGGCAGGUUCUGGAACAUGCCAACAGGGUAGCCGAUCGUGCCUUGCCUGGUGAUUCUGAGGCCCUUCACCGGUUGUGUGGUGAAGUGACAACAAUGACAGAUGCUCUUUGUGAACUGCGUCAAGAUGGAAAGGGAGCCACUCCACAGGCAGAAUGCUUGGCACGUGGUAUUCAGGAAAAACUGUCAGCAUUGCAGUCACUUGUUGGGCGAGCCGUCCAGUCUGUGGAGAGAUCUGGUGUCCAACAACCUGCUCACACUGUUACUGGGAGAUUGGAGCAAGCAAGGCGAUGGCUGGCAAAUCCUGAGCGAGAUGACCGUGGUUUGGGUCAGCGUGCAAUAGCACUCAUAGUUGAUGAGGGCAAAAAGGUUGCUGAAGGAUUGCCAGGAGUGCACAAAGCAGAAAUACUGCAGCUUUGUGAUGAGGUUGACAUGUUAUCACAUCAGUUAAGUGAUUUGUGCCAUCAGGGACUUGGUAAUUCAGCCCGUGCACAAGAUAUUGCAAGGGCACUAUCACAGAAGCUCUAUGAACUGAAGAACCGUAUCCAGGAUGCAGUUGUUAGUCGUGUUGUAGAAGAUUUUGUUGACAUUAGCACUCCUCUCAAACAAUUUACGGAUGCUGUCCAUUUGCCUGAAGAUACUCCGGGUGCUGAAUACAACUUCGCAGAGAAGGCUAAACAACUGCAAAAUUUUUCAAGCCGUGCAUCAAAAACUGCUCGAAUGGUUGCAGCUGGUGGCAGUGGUGGCAAUAAGAAGUUAGCUGAGGCACUCCUUAGUUCGGCUUCACAGGUGGAAAGCUUGACUCCUCAGCUGAUCAAUGCUGGCCGUAUUCGUAAAAGCUAUCCAGAGAGCAAAGCUGCUGAUGAACACUUUGAAAAUUUAGUUUCCCAAUAUUCUGAUAGCAUUCAACGAGUACGCGCUCUCUGUGAUGAAGCUACUGAUUCUGCUGACUUUAUCAAGAUGUCUGAGGAGCAAAUACAGAAACACACAGUUCUUUGUGAGGAUGCAAUUCACACAAAUCAACGCCAAAAGAUGGUUGACAACACAUCGAGCAUCGCACGACUUGCAAACCGUGUACUUAUGGUGGCCAAACAGGAGAGUGAUAACUCAGAAGACCCUCAGUUUGUGGACCGUGUUAAUCGUGCUUCUGUAGCUGUUCAAGGAAGUCUGCCACCCAUGGUACAUGGUGCAAAAGCAGUUGCUAUGAAUACUCAGGAUUCUAUUGCUGUUGCAAGGUGGCGAGAAUCUAACAGAGCGCUCCUGACAGCCGUAGGACAAGUGCGACAGGCUGUAACAGUUUCACCAGAUCUGCCACCACCGCCAGAUAUGUCCAGCCUUAACAUCAAUGAUGAAAUUGUAGAACCUUUCCAGCCUUCGCUUCAGUAUAAUUACUUCACUGAGAAAGAUUACGCUCCACCACGACCACCGUUGCCUGGAGGGGAAGUUCCACCACCAAGACCGCCUCCACCUGAGACAGAUGAUGAAGAUGAUAUGUUUUCACAUGCUCCUCUACCUAAUCAACCUAUUAUGGUAGCAGCUCAUGGACUACAUCAAGAAGUCCGUCAGUGGUCAAGUAAAGACAAUGACAUUAUUGCAGCUGCCAAGAAGAUGGCAGUAUUGAUGGGGCGUCUUAGUAAACUGGUGCGUGGGGAAGGUGGCAGUGGCAGCAAGCGGGAUCUUAUAGCCUGUGCCAAAUCAAUAGCUGAAGCCAGUGAAGAAGUCACGCGCCUUGCCAAAGAGCUUGCCAGAGAAUGCACUGACAAACGAAUGCGCACUAACCUCCUUCAGGUGUGUGAACGUAUUCCAACAAUUGGGACACAGCUGAAAAUACUUUCCACAGUGAAGGCAACAAUGUUAGGUGCUCAAGAAACUAUUCCACGGAUGGACAUGGGAGAGAUUCGAGGGGGAACUGAAGAGGAUCAGGAAGCGACAGAUAUGCUUGUCGGAAAUGCCCAAAACCUUAUGCAAUCUGUGAAGGAAACUGUACGUGCUGCUGAAUCAGCUUCCAUAAAGAUACGAACAGAUGCUGGUAUUAGGCUUCGCUGGGUCCGUAAGCAACCCUGGUACCAGUAUUGAGAUUUCCUUCUCCAGUAACAGGUUAUUUGCAAAAAACUAGUUGACCUGAACGGUUGAUGUUGCUGCAUCCAGGUGAUACUCUUAAUCACUAGAAUGUUCCUUUUGAUGUAGAAAGGAAUACCUAUUUUCAUAAUUGUUUAGAAAAAUGGGGUAAUUUUUAAUGGUCUUUUCCACAGAAUGAGAUUUACUCUAUACAAAGCAAAUGUAGGAAAAUAUUUUUAGAGUCUCAACUAGUUCUAGCAAAUGUCCAUCUAUCUUAUUUUUAAUCUGUCAUUAUUGUUGAAGUAAGACAUUAGAUCCCUCCGUGCACUAUGGAAAAAAAAAGGUAGAAAUUAAAAGCCGUGAUGACUAAUUGCGUAAGUAUUCAGCUUUAACAUCGAUAUUGUUAACAUGCAAGCAAAUUGACUGCACUUGCUGUGUAGGUUGACAGCAGACAGCAUAAAGUUUCUGUAGACACCAAAAUUUUUGCACCUUUAUUAAGUGAUUAUUAAAAUUAGCGUAAGAGGAAAUAGGCAGAAUUUUGUGUGGAGUACUGUAGCAAACAUUUUUUUUUUUUAAAAAAAAGAGGAAACUGUAUGGAACUAUCAAAAAUCUUUUUCAUUUAUUUAUCUAAUAGGGUAUAAAAACUUAUUGUAUUUGCCAUGUCAUAACACAGUAUCUAAUAUGUUAAUUGUGCCAUUGAAUUAUUGUGUGUUUUUGUGACUAUCGCUGAAUAAUGUUUAUUUAUUGGGUACUUUACUUCAGGAACUUCAAAAAUGAGUCAUUAUUGUUCUGUCACUAGUGGACUGAUGUUUGAACUGUAGGUCACAAAUCCAAGUUCCCAAUGGAACUUUAACUAGUGCUACCAUCUUAUUACAGUUUUCGUGGAAAUUUCUGAACACAUUGUCUUCAGUAGCUAGUGGAUUGAACGUGUGAGAAAUCACAACAGUAAAACUGAUUGAUGUGUGUCAUGGAUUUUAGUUUUGUCAUCAUUGUACCAUAUACAUUCAUCACUGUUCAGAGCUGGCAUGUGAAUACGUGUUGUUAUGUUUUUGUCUCUUGCCCACUAAAUGGAUACGGCAUUUCUUCAGAUGCUGUUGUACCUCCUCAUCUUCUAUAUUCUAAUACUUUCAUUUGAUACAUUAUCAAAUGUGAACAGGAAUUUUGUUUUAUGUCUGUAAAUAAAUGAGUUACCAGGGUACUUUCCGAAUUAUGGCUGAUAGCAAUGAAGAAAGCAAUUAACUUGAUGCAGAUAAUUGUCAUUUAAACACAAAUAGUGCUGUAUUUACAGUUAUUACAUUUAAAACUAAACAAAAAGGUCAAAUGCUGGUUGUCUGUAAUUCAACUGAUGCAGUUGUAAAGUGAAAGCAUGCAACUGUAGGUUCAGUGGAAACUAAGGAGAUGAAGCACAGCAAUUCAGUCACUCAGUUUUACACUCUAAGUUUUGCAUUAUAGCUAAGAAAAUUAUUUUUAUUGGUCUCCAGAUUCAUAGUUGUGCAAAAUAAACAUUCGUUUCAUUAUAUGUUUUCAUCUCCAUUGUCUCUCCUGAAAAUAUCAACUGUUAAUUUUAACUAAAAAUAUUUUGUUAGGUUCUCACGUCAUAUCUUCUGUUAACUAUAAGGUGCCUUGAAGACAUAAUAAAGAUAAUUGUAAGGUGCAAGAAAUAUUAUAUGGUGUGUAGAGACAAUGUUGUGCACUUCUAUUUGAUAAUCACGUACGCUUCUAUGGCUUAAUGGUGCAAGAACGUUCCAGUGUUGAAAACAUUUCAUUGCCUUAAAUCACAAAUCUAUUUUAAAAUAAUUGCUGUGUUGUUUUAUGCUACCUGUCUCAAUUGAUGUGUGACUAUAAGCUUAUUUUUGUAUUAGACAGGUGUUCAUUCACGCUGUCUGAAAAUCUUGUGGGAGUUCCAUACUGUUUUACUUAGAAAUGUCAGCACAACUAUUUAUCAACGCACAUAUUAGACAUAGUAUCUGUAUACUUAUGGGAACAUGUGGUCCUAUCAAAAGUCUGAUGAUGCUAACUGGUGGUGCAAAUAGAAUUGCCAUAUGCUGUAUAUUCUUCAAAGGAAAUCUAGUGUUAAAGUAGAUAGUGUAGCUAUGUGCCUAUAAUAAGACUGACAUGUACCGUGGCCUGUUGCUAUCCGCAAAUAUUAAUUUUAUUUAAUGAUACUUAUUUCAUAUUUGACUCAAUACAGAAAGUCAAUUUUACAUAUACAUCUAUUGCAGAUUUUUAUAGGUUUUCAUUAAAAUAUCUCAUGUGUACUCAUAUAAUUAUCUAAAUGAGCCAUUUUCCUAUGCUUGAUAAAUACAAAGUUAUAAACAUAGCAUUUAUCUGAAUCUGUCUUCCUAUCUGGGAAGAAUCAACUGUUUUGCUGUGUAUUAAUGAAAGUCAUUUCAUUGUGUACAUUGCUUUCUUAUGUGGUUUAGUAAUAAAUUAAAUCUAUUGCUCUUACCACUAUUUUAGCCUGUAACAGUUGUCUGGAAUAUGCUAACUGGAUAAUGUGACUGAAAUGUUUAUAUUUAUGGCACGUAAACUGUCCCCAUACUUGCUGUUAAUGCGUGUAUUCCAGGAAAAAUUUCACAUGAUUGAAAAUUGUAUUAAUUUUAUUUACACACUUUUCACAGUUAUAAUCAUACUUUAUGUUCAUUGUGGUCUUCACGGAAAGUACACUGCAAAUAUGCCUGUGAAACCCUCACAUUUACAUUAAACAUGCUUUGUUCUUUUGCUUAAAAGUUGAACUGGUAUCGUUUAACCCUUUUAUAGGGCUAUGCCUGAAACACCUAACACCAUAAAUAUCUUUUAAGUGUAGGAGCCAAAUAAUUUCCGUACCUCUCCAUGAAACCACAUUGUACCUGUUAGAGUCUGAACUCAGCAGUUUGGCAGUAUUAACUGUGCUGAAAAGUUGAGCUGUGCACACAUUAAUCUCUGCAUUUGUUUCUGCAGUGUGACAAAACAAAUCAUUCCAAGAGUGACAUUCAUUGAUUUACCUGUUUGUUUUGAAUCUUUAUUGUUCAUUUUAUUUUGACUAAUUCAAAUGACACCACCUUUGUGUAUUUUGUGACUCAAAAAUCAAAACAGCAAACUGUAUCUUUUUGCAUGCAUGUAUUUUCUCCAUGUUAUUUCAACUUCAGUAUUAGUACUAAAUUUUUAAAUGAUGAUUAAAUUACGUAUUCCACAACAGAAAAUUCUCCAUUAAUAUGAUCUAUAAUCAUGCAAAUAAGUUUAGUCCCCUUUGUAAACAGAGAAUUUUGUUGUUCCAUUUUAUACAUUCAUAAACUUUGCAAUACAGUUUGUUAAAAUGGACAAAAUGUUAUAUAAACAAGUCCGCCAUUACAAGAGUUGCCUCAUUUUCACAAAUCCUGUUCUUACCAACAUCAUUGCAGACAGGAGUGAGUACAAAACAGCCAAUUUUAUUAGGAUUCUUGAAAAGCAUGCAGAAUAAGAAAUGUGAAUUGGCACUAAAAAGAAUGUACAUUAAAGUAACACAAUACAUUAACCAAAAAAAAAAUCUGUUAAAGAUACUACACCCUGAGAUACUAUGCCAGUUUUGAUCUCAGUGGCAACACACAGUCAUGAACUGUUCUUAAAAUGACAUCACUUAACGCAGAUCACAACUCAGUCACAUCGUAAAUACAAUGAAAGAGUUAAUUUUAUUUUAACAGAAAAAGGUCAUUUCUUUACACACAAAAAUAUACACAUUAGACACAUCAACAUAGUAAGUAAAAUAUAAAUAAUCUAAAAUUACUUAAAAUACUAAAGUUUUAAACAAUCUUAAUAAAAUGAGAAUAUGUUUGUCUGCUGCAUUAUUUAAUUAUGGAAUAAACCAAAGAACGACUACCACACUGCACUGUGUAAGCAUAGAGGGCUUCUUUACUUAACUUGUUCUUUGGUUGAUCCCUGUUAGGAUUGCUGUGCACAGAUGUUGUCAUUUUCUUCAGAAGUUCAAUUUCUCUCUCUCUCUCUCUCUCGUACUUUGACUCAUUUCAUUGGUGAUUUACUGUAUAUCUUACUAAGGUACUACAGUGUGUGGCUUUUCAUCAUUGAAUAUAUUCUACUUGCUUUUUAGAGUGGCUGGAAACACUGACACUUUUGAAAACAAAGUAAUAAAAUGUAUCUUUUGUUAUUGUUUUUAACAAGAUACUAUAUGAUUUUUAACAAGCCCGGUGGUCUUUCACAAUGAGUUCUCUCUCGGCUUGAUGAGUUUUUAGGAAACAGCUAUCAACCACACUAAAUUGGAGAGCUAUUUCUAAAACGUCUUAUUCUUUCUUUCCAUUGCCACUUUUGAGCACUUUGCUCAUGAUCAUUGGGCUACUCUGCAUGUACAGGAUGAAUUAUUAAUCAGCUGUUGAAUGUUUUGAGAGCCGUCAUGGUGUACAGUAAAAUAAAGGAUAAACUAAAAUUAUAAGCCAGACAUUUUUAACCCAAGUUUAUCAUUUCUGUUUCACUUGUCUUUCUGUAGGAAACUGAUUUCACUGUGGAUGCUGUAACUUCAGUGCAGUUCUCUGUUGAUGAACAUACUUAUGUACAAAAAAGUGGUGCCAAGAAACUAUAAAAUGUUGCAAAACUGUAUCAUCAAUUUUAUGUUGUAGUUGGUAACUAUUGUUUAAAAAUGUAUCUUACCAUGCAACCAUUCUACAGUCAAAAUAGCUUUAAGACUCUUGGAGUUUGUCUAGAACCAUUCUCUCCAGACUUCCUUUUCUCUAGAUGUUUUCAAGCAGUCUUCAAAUACAGUAUUUUUGCCAGUGUUUAGUUCAGCUGGAGAGUGAUGUUCUCAUUCUGUUGGAAACUAUUCUGCUUGACAUUCCUCCAUUAACUGCUUUGGUAUUUACCUUGUUUGCUGGUUCAAAUUGAAUGUUGUGUAAUCAAGUGUGCAGUACAGUUGAGGCACCAACGAAGAAAAACAAUGAGGGAAAAACGUUCUACUUUCAGAAGGCAGUAUAUGUCAUUAGAAAAUCCAGGAGGGAAUAUGUGUAUAUGAGCAUAGGAUGUCAUUAGAAAAUCCAGGAGGGAAUAUGUGUAUAUGAGCAUAGAACACUACUCACUAAAUAAGAGCCACCAAACUAUGGAUAAGCAGAUAAAAAUAUGUUCGUCUGAAAACUAAGUAAUUGGUGUAUGUCUGUCUGCUGCUCAGCACAUCCUGUAUUUGCUAAAUAAUGAUUUAACUUCAUAGACUAUUACUCACCAAAUAGCAGAUGUACAGAGUAGGAGAGAGACACAGAAAUUGCUUCGUUUUCAGACAAAGUAUGUAUAUCUCCUUUUGAGUGAUUUUUAAGCUGUUACCAUGUAAUUAUUCAAAAAUAUGAAUUUCCAAAUAAGCCAUUUCAGAUUACUGUUACACACUAUAAAAGAAAAACCAACAACGAAUUUAAUAAUGUGUAUUUUAGGCUAAACAUGAAAUGUGUAAACAGUUUGUUUAUUCUCUCCUCUUGCUUCAAAAUUCUUUGUCCGGUUAUGCUAUAUUCAGUUAGUACACAUGAUAUAAUCCGCAGUAAAUGUAAUCUCUCCUAUUUUGUUCAUAGGCAGAAAAGAAAAGCUAUUGGUUGAAUUGGCUGACUACUAAUUCUAACAACUAAAUGAAAGUAGCACUGUGGCAUAAAACACUGUACAGUGUUUUUCAUACAGAUCUACUUAACACAGUCUUGUAUUCAUUUCUAACCAGUUAAUAAGAUCCUUUAAUAGCUGUAUUUCUUGAAAUGCUAUGAUUAUUCUGAAGAAGUCAAUAGUUAAUUCACGAUUUCGUGAUGAGAGGACUGCUGUUCUGCACCCCUCCCCUCUCCCUUUUUAUUGUACAUCUGUUGUUCCCAACAAUUAAAUCUGUGGCAGCAAUGUGGAUCUCACCUGCAAACCUAUAAAUUUUCUGGACUCGCAUUCGGGAGGACGACGGUUCAAUCCCGUUUCCAGCCAUCCUGAUUUAGGUUUUCCGUGAUUUCCCUAAAUCGUUUCAGGCAAAUGCCGGGAUGGUUCCUUUGAAAGGGCACGGCCGAUUUCCUUCCCAAUCCUUCCCUAACCCGAGCUUGCGCUCCGUCUCUAAUGACCUCGUUGUCGACGGGACGUUAAACACUAAUCACCACCACCACCUAUAAAUUUUCAAUGCCAAUAUAACUCAGCAAUUUUUUUUCUAGGAAAUGAGAUUUAGUUCCUUGAGGGAAGCUGUGUAGUGUCACCUUUUGCCGCUGUCUCAAGGUAUUUGUGAAUUGCUCAGCUACAGGUGGGCAGAUGAUACCUGUGCUGUGGUCUGUAUCUGAUCUAUCAUUCAUAAGAAUACAUAGUCGAGCCAAAGGAUAGCAGGAAACAAGCUAGGAGGAGAGAGAAGUUUUCUGUUUAAAUUUGCAUUAUAGCAGUUAUAGUUUAGCCAGUGCAAUUGUAAUGAGAAAACAUGUCAAUUAGUUGUUCCCCAGUUGUGUACUGCUGCACCACAAAUUGUGUGUUAAGUAUUAGAAUGUAAUGCCUGCAAAUAGACUAUUUAUUUAUGUUAAUUUUUAUCCCAAUUGCUACAACCUCAUACCUCAUUGCCUGACUUUGACUCUUUGUUGCAUAAUUGAAAGGCUAAUGAUGCCUCUAAUUAGAAUUAUUAAUUCUUAUGUGAGCUAGACUAACUCAUUCGCCAUUGCUCAUAUAACUGAGACGUAUUUGAGCUCUCUAAAUUAUUAUUUUGAUAAUGUUUUAAAACUGUUAACAAAUAUUUUGUGCUAAAGGAGUUCUAUUCUGUUGCAGUAUAUGAUAAAAGUGCUGACUACUGUAAGUAGUACAUGAAUCUGUAAGGAGGCUAUACAGUGAGAUGUAUGAAUGAUAAGGACCAGUAAUUCAUGAAAUUUCAGUGACAGUAACAUGAGUUAGAAAAAUGAACCAGUCCUGUCCUACUGCAUGAUGUCAGCUGCCAGUAUCACUUUACUUUUUUUUGUCCAGAAUUUUGCCAGAAAUUCUUCUCUUAAUGUUUUGAACUGUUAUAGUAAUAAAUGAGCACGUCAGAGCAAGAAAAUAUACACGAAAAGUUGUAGUUCAUGAUAAUGUCUUAUUUGAACUUUCACGGAUGUUCGCUGUAUUCACUACAUGGCAUUGUAGUUUUGAGCUCACUUCACUAAUAAUGCGGUAGUGAUACUAAGCAUAUGUUGUGACAGUGAACACACACAUUCCGUUAUUCACUUGCGUUCCAGUUCUGCCUUUCCCAGAACGUAUUUUCGUGAUAAACUUGCCAAGUUCCUUGUGCAAGAGGCUGUUUCAGAACCUCUGUACUUCCUUCCUUACUCUUGAUAUCUGUUGUCAUUACUUGAUUAGUUAAGCCUCAACAGUUGGUGAAAACUAUAGGGACAGUUGCUGUCUCAAAAUUUUCUCGUAGUGAUCUGUAGUUUUAUGGCAGGUUUGCAAAGAUAAUGUUGCAUUGUAAACGUACUAUUCAGAUUAGCUUCAUAAAUGUGUACUAACUAAAUUAAUAAAAGAUAAAUUAAUGUCCAAACACUUUCCUCUCAUCAAACAAAACAACUUACUUUGGUGAAGCCAAAAUGUGCCUAUAUGCUUCAUUGUAACCAUACUAAAGUUAUAUGACAGGCAGAAACCUAUCAGUGCUUAAAUUGAUUAAAUCUGUAGAACUGUGUAGUAUAAUUGUCAAAUGAUAAUUCAUUUCAUUGGUAACUUUUGACCAAUCAAAACACUUUUAUUCAUUGUGGAUGUGGAACACUGUGACUGUGUUGAAUAAAGGUUUCCAGAAAUAACUGCAACCAGUCGCCUUUUGUGAUUCUUUAAUUUUUAUUUACCAUGACCAGUUUUGAAUUGCCUAGUGAUUCAUCAGAUGCUUCACAUUUAUUGAUUGUUUGGAGCAUUGUGGAUGUUGUGUAGGAUUAUUAGCAUCCAAUGGUUUAUUUCUGGUGCAUACGCUGUUCUGGAAAAUGUAAUGUUUGUUUUCUGGUAAUAUUAAUUUAUUGAACCAAACAAAGUUUACUACAGUUGUCCCACAUGCGUUACAAAAAGUAAAUAAAUCAUUAUUUCCAUUACUGUGUGAUUUGAAACUGGUCAUGGGAGAUAAAAAUUGAAAAAUCACAAAAAGCAACUGGUUACAGCUAUUUCUGGGAACCCUUAAUCAAAAUACAUCGUUCAUUUGUGACCAGUCAACACAUUGCUCUUUUUGUGACAUGUAAUAUCUAGUGUAAAUGCUAGUUUUGGUGAAAUAUUUGCAUUUACUCUGUGACUUGCUCCUCUUGUUUACUUAGUGCCGUAUAAGAAAGGAGAUGAAUGGGUAACAGCUUUGCAAAGGCCAGAAGAUACUACCUCAGUGAGAGAGGAGUAGGAGAUGGGUGCUUGAAACAGUUUGGUCAGAAGCGCAUCCACAAUUAGCGCAGUAGAAGAACCAUGCCAUGUAACAUGGAAAAUUACAUUAAACGCUCAGUAAACAAAAAAGAAAAAAA